AUGAUGAAUCUAGCAGACCCUGAAUUGGAGCUGGUUGAUCCGACGCCCAAUGUGCAUACGUUAUUUAUACAUUUUGAUAAGGAAUUUUUUUCGACAAAACUCGCUAGCAGAGCCGUUGUGAGAUGGAGUAAAAGGAUGUACUCCUGUGCUGGGAUAUGUUCCUAUGAAGGUAGAGGAGGCCUAUGUGACAUAGCACUAAGUGAACCGUUGCUAAAGCUCCGACCUCGUAAAGAUUUGGUUGAAACACUCCUCCAUGAAAUGAUACAUGCUUUUCUGUUUGUGACUAACCGAGACCAGGAUAGGGAUGGCCAUGGCCCCAACUUUCAGUAUCAUAUGAACAGAAUUAAUAAAAGCGCAGGUCUCAAUAUCAGUAUUUACCAUAGUUUUCAUGAUGAGGUGCACCUGUAUUUAACACAUUGGUGGCGUUGUGAUGGACCAUGUUUGAAAAGACGGCCACAUUUUGGUAUUGUCAGACGCUCAAAUAACAGAGCACCAGGCCCAUCAGAUUACUGGUGGAAUGAACACAAAAGAAAAUGUGGAGGCACCUUCAUUAAAAUUAAAGAGCCUGAAAAUUUUAAAGCUAAAAAGAAAAAUAGUGGCACAUCAACUACUAACACUUCUAAGAAAAAUGAAAGUACCAAAACAAAUGGAAAACAGGUGCCCAAAGACUCUAAUUCGAACUUAAAAACUAAAUCAACUGGUUCAAAUUUUAACCCUACUUCACCAAAACCUCAGGUACCCUUGUUUACAGGGAACGGACAUACUAUAAAUGGGACUAAACAUAUAUCUGAUCAUAGAAAUGUGACAGAACAUGUAAGACGUAUUUGGGCAAAUAAAGAAAUACCUUCUGUGAUUAAUAAAGCGCCUUUAAAAAAAGUUGAGACUAGUAUGUCUGUAAAGAAACAGGGUAAAAUUUCUAGCACUCCUAAGCCAAAUAAACAAAAAGCUACAGAUACCAACAUACCAGGGCCACCAGCAAAAAUGAAAAAAAUUGAUGAAUAUUUUAAAGCAACAUCAGUGUUGAAAGAAAUAUAUGGAGAAGAUUUCAGACUGAUACAGGAAAAAAACAAUACAAAAUUAGUUGCUGUACGUAAACCCGUGAACGUAGAAUUAGUGGACUGCCCAACAUGUAAUGCAAAAAUUGAUAGUAAUAAGAUAAACGAGCAUUUAGAUGAAUGUCUCAAUAGAGAUAUUAUUAAAGAACUAAGUCAAGACAACGAGUUAGCACAGACUACGUCAAUUGGAAGUAAUUUAGUACAGACAAUAGGCAAUAUACCUGCCAUACCUGCAUUUAAAGGAAAUAUAGAAAGUACACCAAAAAAAAUUAUAGACUUGACUAAUCUUAACAUGGAUCCUUUUGGAAAUAAGAUAAACAGUAACAAAGAUAGAAGAAAGAGUGAUUCGCAAACUAUAUUACAGUCGACUGAACACGAUAAGGUGACAUUGUUAAAAAAAAAAGACGAUAAAACAAGUCAAAUAUUGGAUCCUAAUUUAAACAAAAUGAGAAAAUCUGAUAACUUCAUUACAAAAGACAAAGGUGUUAUAUUCAGUGUUAUCAACUCAGAAUCAUCUUCAGGAACAUCAAAUAAACCCCAAAAUGGAUCAGAACCAAGCAUAAAGGAAGUGGAACCUGUGCCUAGCUCAAGUAAAGAUAGUGAAAGAGUUGAACAAAUGUGUCCAUGUUGUGGUAAAAAAAUUGAUAAACCAGUUGUUGAACAUUUGGAUGAAUGUAGAGUUUUUUCUGAUAUCAACAACACCAUGUCUGAAGAAGAUGCAAAUACGUCCUUUAGCAAUCACAACACUGUAGUAAUCAAUGAUGAUGAUGAUAUGUUUGAUGAGUCACAAGAGUUUAAUGAAACGGGAACAAAAACACCAUGCCCGUGUUGUAUGAAGAUGGUUGAAGAGAUUUCUAUGAACGAUCACUUGGAUUUAUGUUUAGGUUAA